CUGUCAAGGUGAACCGAUAAACCUCUCUUUUUAUUAGCCUUGACGUCCAAAACACGACGCGCAGCUCCCGGCAGGGAGGAGAGAGAAAGCGGGGGAGCUCGCAUCCUUUAACGGGCGAUGAUCUGACCGGUGGACAGUAUACACACUCCGACAGGGAACGGACGCAGGAAAGUGGUUCAUUUUAUAUAUCUCUUUUAAUCCAUCGUUUGUUUUGUUAUUUUUGUUUUUUUUAAAUGUUGGAUAUAAAACUUAAAUGGCACCGGAGCGAGCUUUAUAAGUGAAGCGUUUCGUUUGAGACCUCAGAAGAAUUUAAAGAGCAGUGAGGCCGAGGAGUCCCGCUGGGAUCUGAGAGGGAAGAAUUUCCCUGCGGUGUAGACGGCCCCCCGACUCCGGCCCCCCCCGACCCUGAAGGGACCAGCUUUUUGACAAACGUGUCCAACAGGGAUUCACACAUCAACUCAGAGUUUUUGGAGCUUCUGAUUGGACGUCACCUCGGUUCAUCCAGCCCACAGGCCUUUGUUUCUUCUAGCUUCAACUUGUUUUUUUAUUUUUAACCUCUUGUGUGUUGGACUUGAGGUUCGGCCUCAGAAAUUAAGCUGUUGCAGUUUUAUUUUCCUUCAGAAAAGAUGGAAACGUUUUCAGCCACCACCCCUGAGAUUGUGGAUUAUUGAAAGGGGUCUGGUGCAGCUGUUUGGGGAGAAUUUAAAUGGAUGUUUGCUGCUGUUCAUCUGUGAUUUUGUGGAACAACAGUUUGUGAAUGUGUGUAUUUAUCCUUGGAUUCAGACACAUUUCAAUGUAAAUGAGUGCUGAAACAUCUGGACGGAUACAGAUGAUUUACAAGCAGAAAGAAAGAGUUUUUUUACAAUUUCCUGCAAGUUAUUUCAAGUUUUCUGAUCCAAACACCAGAUUUUGGAUCAUUCAGUAAUUUAAAAUGUAUAUAGACUCUGUUUCGAGUUUAAAUUAAUAUACCUUUAAUAUUUAAAAAGGCACAACAUUUCCUUUUCUUUUGGAUUUGCUUGUGGUGCGGCUCUAGCACGGUAGGUUUCUCAUUUCCAGACACAUAAUUUGGACAAAAAUCAAAUUUUUUAUGCCCCGUUUCUGCUGUCACGCAUCAAACGUGUAACAUCCUGUGAUUCACAUGUUACGAGCCGCUGCCGCUAAUCUCAAACCAAUUAACCUCUCCAUUAACUUUUGGCAUUUGGGUCUUUUGUGCACCUUCUUCUAGGAAAAACAUUUGAAUGACAUUUCAUUUAAUACGAAUGCUAAAGUCUGUAAUUACACAUUUUAUUGAGGAUGCUGCUUUGUAUUGACGGCCAGCCCUUCAUAAACAGCGAGACUGUGGAACAUUUAAUAUUCAGACAUGUGGUAUGUUCCAGAAAAUAAUUUCCUCAUCAACUGUGAACCGUUUGUAAUUUAAAUAACCACCAUUUUAACUUCUCCCGGCAGUUCUUAAGGAUCUUAGCUACCGUUGUUCUUGAUAAUUACACCAAGAAAGCAGAAUUUUAAUGUAUGUUUAAUUAUUGUAAUGAGACGGCGGCCAUCUUGAAACAAGCCAGAGAGUUUUGGAUCGGAUCUUUUUGUUAUUAUUUUGAAGAAUGUUGUUAUUUUAUCUGAUUUAAAUACUUCAGUAUUCAUGUCAAGUGGCUGAACAGUUGCAGCCAGAGAGGAAAGUUUCCUUCGGCUGCUGUUAACUCUUUUUAUCACCUUUUAUUUUGUUAGUUCCCACGUUGGAUUACAGCCCACGGGAUAGCAAUGUCAGCAUUUUAAUCUGCAACAUAUUUAUCACUGAAUGUGAUAGCAGUGCCAUCAUUUAUUGACCCUGCAAAGACGAGCCACAAGCUUGCCAAGUUUACGUACAUCCCGUCCUGCGCACCGGAACUCACCUGCCUCGGUCACUGCCAUGGUGAUGUCGCAGGGCACCUACACCUUCCUGGCCUGUUUCGCCGGCUUCUGGUUGGUCUGGGCCUUCAUCGUCAUGCUGUGCUGUUUCUGCAGCUUCCUGCAGCGCCGGCUGAAGCGCCGCCACGAGGAGAGGCUGAGGGAGCAAUGUCUGCGAACCGUAGAGAUGGAGCCACUCAGCUGCCACCCCACAGGCUACCCGCAGCCCCCUCCUCCUCUGCCUCCACCUCCACCUUUACAGCUGCCCAGAGAUCCCCCGCAGUUCUGCCCUCCUCAAACCCUGUCGCCAGCUGUUCCUCUGCAGGUUCCUCAUCCCAUGCCGCAAGCAAACUGGAUCAGCAUGCCAGACACAGACAUAUUUGGGAAGCCGCCCUGCUAUGAGGAGGCAGUUCUGAUGGAGGAUCCUCCUCCGCCCUACAGUGAGGUCCUGGCCGACCCGCGGGGGGGUACCUACCUGAAGCCCGCCCCACCAAGAGCCGCGCCACCACCGGCUCCGCCUCUCAGGGAACACCGGGAUCCUCCUCCGGUGUUCACAACCGACACCAGCAAGCCUCCCGUGAUGGCUGUAUUUCCUGAGCGGGGUUACUCCUCCCUGAUACGCCUGCCUUCGUCCCAGCGCUGGGACUCCCUGGGUCAUCUCCUGUCCAACAUCGACCUGAACCACAACAACCUCUCCCCGCCGGGGGCCUGCUCCAUCCAGGCUGCUGCCGCGAUGGCUACCAUGCCCCGCCGAGAGCCCAGGACUCACCAUGGACUUGGGCUCCGAGGUGGCAUACAAGGACUCCAAGGAGGCAUACAAGGACUCCAAGGGAGCAUACAAGGACUUCGAGGAAGCAUACAAGGAUUUCAAGGGGGGAUACAAGGACUUCAAGGGGGGAUACAGGGGUUUCAAGGAGGACUGCAGGGGCUUCAGGGGGUCCAUGGACUGAGGGGACUGGAGCCAAGCUGUGGCCUGCCAACAGCCUUCCCUCUGCUGGGUCGUAGCACUGCUGUCUAGACCUGGAUGCUUACUGGAGGAGUCUAACUAACCAAUAAGUUGGUCUAUCUCUGAAGAGCCUUCAAGCAGGAGAUCUAUAAAGACAGACUUCCUGUCUGUAUGGCUCCUUUGCUGCUCCGUGUUUGCAGCACUAACACCGCUAGUAGUAGAGAUUUAAUUCCCUGAAAAGCUAAAAGAGGGUUAAAGUGCUGCGUAAGGCGUCAGGAGUUCAAUUCCCCAUGCAGCUCUGUGGGUGAAGGGUGCCACUUACUCUGCUGAGAUCAGCUUUCAGCUCUGUGUGUGAGUAAAAGAGGAGAUUACACACCGUUUCACAACAGUGUUGUUGAGUUACAGCGGUAUCCUGGUGUCAUAUUGAAGAUAAUUGAGUCAAGGUUCCUUUGAACAACAGAGGCGGAGAGGAAAAGGACCAGUAACGAGGUAAAACGACAAGCAACAAGCACAGCUGUUUCGUUACCUUUCAUCCCUUCAUUUUAAUCUCUUCCUCCCCUUAUCCUGUCGCCCUCUCAUUCUGUUCAUCCCUCAUCUCCUCUCGUCUCUCUGUGCUUGAGCAACCUAUUGUACCACUUUGCCGUUGCCAUGGCUCCCGGGAACUGUCUGUUGCCCACGUCGACCUCUCCUCUUUUAUCUGCUCUGAUUUUCGAAGACUCUGUUCACAGCUUGUCUCAUCUCAAGGACUGGGAGUAUUAACAGUUACAAAAGAGCACGUGGUGUGACCCUUCAGUGGGAUUCGACCACCAUGAUUGUGACAUCAGAGCCCGAAGGCCAGUUUUCACACUGACGGCCAGAACAAACGUAGAGUACAACAAGCUCUCCAGAGAAACCAAGUGUACUUGGAUUUUGUAACACAUUGCUUCGUUGUUUCCAAUGUCUUUGCUACAAACUGUUGCAGUUUCGGCCUCAUUUUUGGAAGUUCGAGCCGUUUGGUGGUCACGGGAAUGGCGACAACUGGGUCAUUUGUGUGAAAAAACACAACUUUCCAUGUACAAAAAUUUACUAUCAUCCUUUUAAGCUUUGUGACAAAUGCUCAAAUUUCUCUUGUGAAAUAAAAACAUCUUCACCUGCUA